AAUAUGUGUUCUACAAAUAACUUUGUUGUUGUUAUUCUAUUUAUAUUUGUGAUGUCAGUUCCAGCGAGUGCUGUCCCUUUUGGCGUAGACUCUCCACCAUUAUCUCUACAGGGACGACCUCCUUCAUCAAGUGUAAGACAGGAGUAAACAAGUGGGCGUGUUGUUGCUUGAACUGCGACAGUCAGGCUGACAUGGCCGAUGGACGACUGAAGGUGUGUAUAUGUGGAGGCGGAAACGGGGCGCACGCACUGGCAGGACUAGCCGCUGCGCAUGCGCAGUUCGAGUCACGUGUUCUGACCCUGUAUCAAGACGAAGCGUCAAGGUGGCGGAAGAUGAUGGCAGACGAUGGCUUUGUUAUCAGUAUCAAGAAGCCCGAGGGUGGGAACGACCAGAUCAGAGUAAGACCUUUCCAUGUCACCGCGGAUGCAAGCGAGGCUGUCCCUGUGGCUGAUGUCAUCAUCAUUGUGGUGCCGGCCUUCACUCACCACCAGUACCUCACUGCGAUCAAGCCUCAUGUCAAGCGAGGAGCCGUCAUCAUCGGAUUGCCAGGACAGCCGGGAUUCGAACUGCAGUGUCUCAGUGUCUUGCAAGAGAAAGCGGGCCACUGCACCAUUCUGUCAUACGAGUCGCUGCCGUGGGCCACCCGCAUCGCAGAAUUCGGCAAGAAGGUUCGACAUCUGGGAACCAAGGAUGCCCUCUUAGGCUCCAUUGUCAAGGGGGACACCACUCUCUCGUUUGAUCCAGUCGCCACGCUGCAGUCGCUGCUCGGUGGCAAACCUCAGCUACGACUGGCGAGCAACUUCCUGGAGACGAACCUCAUGACCAAGGCCUAUGUGCACCCAGUCAUGAUGCACGCCAAGUACAAGGAUUGGCACGGUGAACCACUCACCGAACGGCCGCUCUUUUAUCAGGGGCUGACGAAGGAAGGGGCGUCAGAACUGGUUGCCAUCAGCGACGAGGUCAUGGCCACAGCGCACGCCAUUUCAAGGAUACGACCGGAUGUGAAGCUGGAGAACGUGGAACAUCUGGAGCCGUGGAUCAUCAGAUCUUACAACCACACAAUCAAGGAUCCCACGUCCCUACACAUGGCCAUGGCCACCAACUCUGCCUACGACGGCCUCCUCGAUCCAAUGAUAGAAAUCGCACCAGGACGAUGGAUGCCGGACUUCAAUCAUCGAUACCUACAAGAAGAUGUACCCUUCGGUCUGGCUGUCCUGAAGGGAAUCGCGGAACUGGCCGGGGUGUCCACCCCUGUAAGUGACCGGGUGUUGAAGUGGUGCCAGCAACAGAUGGGCCUGGACUUGAUAGUCGGGUCGCAGCUGAAGGGCAAGGAUAUUUAUCUUACAAGAUCGCCUCAAGCUUUCGGAUAUUUGACCCUAAAUGAACUUCUUGCUGAGCUUUAAUGCAUCAAGUAGAUGUUAAAUAAUG